GUUAGCAUUGUUGGGAAAUUUAUCGUGAAAUUUAUUAACCCAUGUCUUUUACAAUUAUAAGAAGAGUGAAUUUGUUUUUAGUGGAUAAAUAUUAUGUAGUGCUUAAUUAUUAAUAUUUUCGCUUGCAGAAAAUAAAUAUUAUAAUGAGUCAUGUGUUCGACACUUCCAUCUGAUGUUGGGCUUGAUCAUAUUCUAAUAAAGUCAAAAAAGAUUGACUUGAAAGUAUCCAGGGAAAUUGUAACACAAUUAAUGUAUCAAGAAAAAAAUAAAACAGCUACUGUUCUUCCACAGCCUGUAAACGACCCAUCAUAUUUUAUUCCUGUCAUUGAUGUAAUCGAUUUAUUUUUUGAAGCUGAAAAUAAAUUGUGGAAUCGAAUUGUGAACUCUCCCUUCCCCAUAUCUCAAUCAUUUGACCAGAACAGUUUAGCAUCUACAAGCUCGUUCAACUUGCUAUCUUCUUUUAAUCAAGAAGCCAAUCAGUAUGAAACAAAUGUACAUAAACUUAUUGGCGAAGCAUUUCUUAGACAUGGUAAAUCAAGCCAGGCAAUUCAUGAAUUUUUCAUCAAGCUUGAUCCAAGGAGGUGCUGUGUUCAUUGUCGAGAGGUCAGUGCUAACAUUCCUGGACUUUUGAGGCGGGUGAGUCAAAGUGGCGUCAAUAAUACCAAAGAAGGCAAAAAAGGUCGAUCUUCGCAUACAAAUUAUCCAACACAAAGACAAAAAUAUGUGCACAAAUUAAGUGAAAAUGAAGAACGCAUCUAUAGACAUGCUUUGCAUUGUGCUUCUCGUCCAUUCCUAUCAUGUCCUAUCAAAGAACCAUCAACAACACCGCAGCAAAUUGGAAACAGAAGAUCAUUCCCUCGGAAACCUUCAACAAGUUCUCCUAUUGACAAUGUUAAUAUCGAGCAGAGUAUGCUAUUUGCUACCCUUGCCAGAUCAUUCCAAAUUAGCCCAACUCUUCAUGAUAAACUUAGAGAGGAAUUAAGAAGCAAACGAGCCCAAGACAAGGUUAUGAAAGACGAUCUAACGGAUCAAUUAUAUCGACUAGAGGCAAAUGAUUGUCAUUUUUAUCAACGUCAAUUCUUUGGAAACUCAGAUUACUAUGAAGAGUGGAGAUCAUUGGAGCUGGAACGGUUAACAAAGUUGAUUAACAAGUGGUGCCCAGAUUUUAAACAUAUAAAAGCAUAUAAAAUUAAUGCUUUUGAUGCUCAUUCUGCUUUCACCAUUCUUGCAGAUAAAUUCUUAAAAAUGGAUUUGGAUGAGAAAAUAGAUAGUGCAGCUGCAGAUAGUAGGACAAGAGCAUUUACGUCAAUCCUAACAGCUGUGUCACAGAAGUUAUUAAAAGAGUUUGGCCUAAGAUAUGGUGUUGGUGAACUAUUUCGUAAAGUUACCAUUUUGGACAAAAUGAUAAAGCAUUUAGAUUACACUGACUGGUACUUAAUAUCUUUGAACAAUGUUUUAAUGAAAACCAUGGAAUACGUUGAAGAGAAUUACAGACUUUUAGUUAGGAAAGAGCGUCAAUUGAUCGAAGAUAGUAUAAAAAUACUGCACAAAAGUAUUGAAUAUGGAUUCCUCAAAAUAUACUCUUUGUAUCCAAAAAAUAUUUCUGAACAUGGAGUGCAGUUGUUGUUGAUUUUAUUGCAAAAAGUUUUACAGAUAAAAGUCUACUUCCAGUUUUGGGACAAAGAAGAGAAUCCUAACAUAAAUGAGAUGCUUGAGCUUUAUAAUAAGUUGGCAGUCGUUGAAAACUACAAAACUAUAAAGUUAAAAGCUGAAUUGGAAUGUUAUAAAGAUGAUGAUAAUUAUGAUUCAAUGCAGAGUGCUAAUACUUUACGUUAUGUGCUACAAAAUAUGAAGAAAUGUCUUCAAACAUUUCAAGACUUGUGUUCAAAGUGUCCAAUGCUUGUUGAAAAAUGCCCCAAUAUUAUCAACAAUGUGGCUAGCAACCUUUACAAAGAAUUUAUGAGCGAUGUGAAAGAAUUGUGCUUGAAUAACACUAAAACAAUACAAGUAUCUCAAAUUGACUAUGAAAUGAUGGGCCUUGCUUUUCGUUUGCACACAUUAGACAAGGAUUGGGCUAGAUAUAUUAGGCCAAGUGAGCAAAAAUGGAGAAUCAAUUAUAAGGUUGUACUUCACGUUGUGAUCAGAGCAAUCACGGAAUACAUUUACGAACAGAUUCCAAAUUACAUUAUUAGUGACAAGCUGCAAGUGCUCGACCUUUCGGAAAAUUUACCUUCCCUACCUGAACCUGUGCCUGCGAUGCUUCAGCAACCAACACCUCGUAAAGUUCAGCAUAGCCAUUCUUCUGCAUUCACAAAUGUGUUAACGCUUCGUAAUAAAUUGAGGAAAGGUUCAGCUAUUAGUAUAGAAGGUAACAUGAAAGCUUAUUCUGACCCUGAUUUAUUGAGACGAACUAGCAUAGACAUAGACAUUGACGAAGAAGUCUCACCAGAUAUAUUAUCAACAGCAAGCUCAAGCUUGCCUCCUGAUCAUCAUGUUGAUGAUGUUUUAAAACAUGGCGAAUCUUUUAACAGUGACAUGGUGACAGAUGGAAAUGAUUCCACGUUAAAGCAGGAUGUCAUUUUGGAAAACGAAAUAGAAGAGCUCGCAGAAAGUCUAGUUAACAAUAUACUUGUAAAAAUAUCUAGCCCAAAUCAAAAUUUAACUGACUUUCUAUUAACAGAGAGUAUUGUCAGUGACUUGUUAGAAGACGUUGUGGAACGUGUUGCUUCUGUCUCGAACCAAGAAGGUUGUGAAUCAAAACAAUCUAGUGCAAUAGAUAAAACGGAUUACACACAGGUUUAUGUCCACUUUUCUCCUGUAGUGGAAAAUGAUUUAGCUAAUGAGAUUCAAUUUGAUGAGAAUCCCCACAACAUCGGCGUGGUUCGGAAACGCCCUUCCUCACAACCUCUAUUAUGGGAGUCAAUGAAAAAAGGAAGUGAUAUUUCUGGUUCUUUCGCAUCAAGGUAUUCCAUGGAUGGCCCAAUCACGGACUCUCCUCAUGCCCGUUCUUAUCCAAAAGAUUAUGUGUUUUUUACAAAUGCUGCACCAAAUUCUCACAAGGCAAAUAAAACUGGAAGGGAAAGCAAUGUUGAAAACAAAAUUCAAAACAUUUCUAAUAAUAUCGAAAACAGUAAUUUAUCACUUAUCCACGAAAAACAAAGUUCUAAAAACUCAAAUUCCUCCGAACAUUGCGGUUCUUCGAAAACUAAGGCCAAUCAUGAGCCUUCCAGCAAAGGAGCCCGUUUUGAUCCUGAUGACAAGUUAAUACAUUUGCCGAGCAAUGGUUUGAUCAUGACAACAAGUUCCUUGACUGACAUUCUUACGGCAUGUGCCAGAUUGAUCUCAUUCUCCACGACUGUGUGUAAACUUAUCCUACCAUCAUCUGAUGAUAAUAAUAAUAGCCAAGCUCCUGUUGGAAAAGAACUACAGGAACAUUACGAAAACAUAAGGAAAGAUACAUUUUCAAAAGUAGCGACAAGCGUCAAAGAUAUUUUAAAGAUGUACGUAUCAACAUUGGUUUCUCUCGAUGUUUGUGGCUCGAAAUCUUUUAAGGACAAUAAUAGAUUUGAUAGUCAUCUUUUACAAGAAGUAAGGAAAAAUCGGAGUGAAGGAAUUCCUGGUUGCCGUCAUUGUCUCACAACAAGGAAUGAGGAAACAGAUGAUGAACCCUGUGUCAUACUGAACAGACUGAUCUACGGCUCUCUGGGUGGUUGGGAACUAGUCACUAAAGAGAUGUGCUUUCGAAUCAACGAUGUUCACAGCCUUAUCAAACUCCUUCCAUGCAUUCAGAAGAAAGCAGCAGAAAGUCUGAAUGUUGAUAUAAAUUUGUUGCUGCAGAAAAGAGAUGCUAACAACGAAGAUGACGCUUCGUACUGUACGUACGGUCCAAGUGAUACACCAGUUUGGUACCCAUCGUUUCAGCAACUUUGUUUUGAUUUAAAAGCUGCGGAGGAGUACAUGAACAAAGUUCUCCAUCUACAAGUUAAACUUUUAACUUUUCGAGCGAUGGAUGUAUUUAAAAAGCUGUUUGACGCUUUAUUUCCGCUUCCAUUGCACGAGCGAACAAUAGAACAACACAUGUCGACUUGCAUGUCUCACCUGCAAUCACAAAUGAAGUUCUUUCGCCAUACAUUGUAUCCCGAAUGCGUUUCGAUGGUGACGUUGGAGAUUUGGAAAUCAGUCUUAGAGAAGUUUCAUGUGUUGAUCGACGAGCUUCAUGACACGAAAGACGAUCCUCGAAUGAAAGGAAGGAAAUUGCAGAGCUUACUAAUGAUUGCUAUGAAUCGAGUGAUGGCUGGGCAGCAGUUACAUUCGUUGUUUUAUAACGAAAUGCGCACCAUAACAUUUCGCUUAUCGUUAUUUCAUAUGCCAUUGGAAAAACUGCGUAGAAUUUACGAUACACUUCAAAGUUUCGAGGUGCACCAAAUAGUUCGCGAAGCAUUACACGAACCUACGUUCGAAGAGUUAGUUUACACCAUUAACUUCUCGCUUAAAUCUCUUGGGCGACCAAGUUUUCCUGGAAAUGCAUUCACUGAUUUGUUGACAAAAAACGAGGCUUGGGUAGACCGCCUGAGCAUGCUUUUUGGUUUUAACAUUGAACUUAGUUCAUCUAACAGACUCAAGCUUAUUGCAAACAGGUUUCUUCAGAAAAAUAUCAUGAAGCGUGUCGGUGAGUCGAGGCGUCAUUUUCACAGAAGGGAUCACGUCAACGUAGCGAUGUCGCCCCAUCCUUCCGAUCCUAAAGCGUCAUACCAUGCUCCAGUUAAGGUUGGCGGUCAAACUAUUGAUCUUAUACAAAAAGACAAUAGAAGAAAAACCGGUUCGAAUCGUUCCUGGGAGAAUGAUUUCUCCACAUAUGGUUCCACAUCUUCUUCGUCUGACCAAGAUCGCACUCCUGUGGCCAGUGUGGAGAGUUUUACCGAGGAUUUCGUUUCUUCUGAGUAUGUGUUUUAUACGUUUCAAACUGAGUCAGGUCCUCCGGAUGUUGAAGUCGUGGGUAAGCUAUACGCUAUCGUGCGUGCGGAAGGGGAAUGGAUUAUUAAUGCAACUAAAGAAGAUAUCAUAGCCAUCUAUAGAUAUGCUUAUCGCACGGAGAGAACUAAUGAAAUUACAGCGUUUUUUAGGAGUAACGGUAUACCUCGCCCACAUGUGAGAAGUCUGUCAUGUCGCUGGUGAUAUGCUUGGGUUACCCUAAAAAAUUAACUUAACGCCUUGGGCGCUCAUAGGAAUUCAAUUUCUUCCUGACUACACUUUAAAGUGACUUAACAUUUAUAAGAGCUGCAAAAAUGGGCGGUUAUUUCAGCUUUGGCGGUAGUUGAUUUAGUAUUUUUAUAAAUAUAAAUUUUCAUACUCUUUAAAAUAAUUUAAGCAACUUGCAGGAAAAUUUAAAAUUUUUAAAGCGAAGAAUCUAAAUAGCGGCAGUAUUUUUUGAAAAAAACAAGCGAAUAAAUUCAAUAGGAAAAAAAAAUGCUACAGAACUUAUUUUACAUGUAAUUAUUUUUAACACAUUUUUAUAUGUAAUGUUAUUUUUUAUUUAAUUUUUUAUUUUUAUUUUAAAUUUUAUUUUUUUAAAUAAAAAUGAGUUUGCUUAAACUUAGGGCGAGCUAUGUUCUGGAGUUUGCAUGGCUUGUUAUUUUGGCAAAUUUUUUCAUGCAUUAAAAAUUACAAUGCGUUAAAAAUUGAAGGAUGAUACUACCGUUGGAUAUUUCAGUUUAUACUUUAAGUUGAACUUGUUUUAAAAAAUUGAGAAUUCGUUAAACUCCCUUGCAUGAAUUUUGUUUUCCAUUUAUUAUUCAAAAAAAAGUUAAUUUAGUCAGUAAAAUAAAAGUGACUAAAUUUAGCGCAAGUCAUUAUAUAAAAAAUUGUGCCUACAUUUUUUAAAGAUCUGGCAACUAGCGCAAAAGAACCUCACAAGUUUAAUUUUAUUGUUUACACGAGUAAUAUUUAAAUUUAAAUUUUGUCCUUAUUUCCAUACUCAGAGCUCUUUGAGAUAUGAGCUCUGUGGACGAAAAUGGUUUAUUUCUCGUCAAGAAUAACAAUGACAAUAAGUGCACGUGACAUGGUGACCAAGGUCAUGGAAUGUCCAGAAAUUUUGCUAAAUUUCCUCAAACGGCCUUUGCCGUUCUGAAAAUUAAACUUGAGUCUAAACACACUUUUAAGAACAGUGUCGACAUAUUUCCCAUUUUUUUAAAUACAAAGUAGAAAUUUGUUUAAAUGUAGUUUUUGUUUAAUGAUUUGAAAAGUUGUGAAUAAAAGAAAGAAAUUUUAUCGAA